CCCCCGUGUCUUCCCGGCGCGGUGAGCCUCGUCGCGAUGGACAGCCCUGAGGUGACCUUUACGCUGGCCUACUUGGUGUUCGCAAUGUGCUUCGUGUUCACGCCCAACGAGUUUUACUCGGCCGGUCUCACCGUGCAGAACCUGCUGUCAGGCUGGCUGGGCAGCGAGGACGCCGCUUUCGUGCCCUACCACCUUCGUCGCACUUCCGCCACGCUCCUAAGCCAUUCACUGCUGCCGUUGGGCUACUACAUGGGCAUGUGCUUUGCAGCUUCAGAAAAGCAGCUCUACUCCCCUGGUCAUGCCUCACAGGCCUGGCAGCUGUUCCUUCUCCUGGCUGUGACCCUUCCCCUUGUCUCCUCUACCCUGAUCUACUACUGGUCCUGGAACAAAUGGACCCGACACCCACUGGCCCAAACCCUGGCCCUCUAUGCCCUUCCACAGUCAGGUUGGCAAGCAGUUGCCUCUUCCAUCAAUACGGAGUUCCGGCGGAUUGACAAGUUUGCUACUGGGGCACCUGGUGCUAGAGUGAUUGUGACAGACACAUGGGUAAUGAAAGUGACAACAUACCGUGUGCAUGUGGCUCAGCAACAGGAUGUUCACUUGACUGUGACAGAGUCUCGGCAGCACGAUCUCUCACCAGACUCAAAUCUACCUGUGCAGCUUCUUACCAUACGUGUGGCGAGCACUAACCCUGCUAUGCAGCCCUUUGAUAUUCGGCUGAACUCAGCGGAAUAUGGCGAACUAUGUGAGAAGCUCCACGCCCCAAUCCGAAGUGCAGCCAAUGUGGUUAUUCGCCAGAGCCUGGGUGACCUCUUCCUAGAAACAUUUGCCUCCCUAGUGGAGGUCAACCCAGCCUAUUCAGUGCCCAGCAACCAGGAGCUUGAGGCCUGUACAGGCUGCAUGCAGACACAGGCCAGUGUGAAGCUGGUGAAGACCUGCCAGGAGCCAGCGGUGGGCGAAUGCCAGCAGUGUUAUUGCCGUCCCAUGUGGUGUCUCACUUGCAUGGGCAAGUGGUUUGCCAGCCGUCAGGAUCCCCAGCGCCCUGACACUUGGCUGGCUAGCCGUGUGCCCUGUCCCACUUGCCGUGCCCGCUUCUGUAUCUUGGAUGUAUGUUGUGUACGCUGAGCAUCGCAACAUAGUCUUUGUCUCCACUAGCCACUGAUGAGGGGUGGCUAAAGCUCCUUGACCUUGACAAAAGGUUCUACUCAAAACAUACACUUAUCUGCAGCCAGUCUCUGUCUUGAGUCUGGUUGAUUGAGGAUUUUGAUUUAGAAGAAAUUCUCAUGGAAAUACCCUACCUGUACCUUCAGCAUCCUCUCUUCCUAGUUACCUCCAGGUGGGGCUGAUAAUUUACAUAGAAUGUUCCAAAGCCCCAAGAUGUUGGAGUUUGGCCCAAGAGCUUUCAUUUGGCCAGUUUGCCUUAAUUCUAUUACAGAUCAUAUGUGCCCCUCAGAACAUUGACAGUUACAAGCCAGACCUAUAUGUCCAAGGCAGGGUCUGUGGUGUUGGGUGGAGGCUGACACUUCAGAGGGUCACUGGGGUGCCACUCUAGUGUGAAGUCCUUUUUCUAGGGUAUCCUGCUGGCUACAGCCAGCUAAGGGAUCACUUCUAGGUACGGAGGCAGGGGCAGCAACCUAGGACCAGGCUAGAGUGCUCUCCCAAGUUACACAUGAGGGUUGCUUAAGCUUUAGAGGGCCCACAGUGCUUUUGGCGUCUUCUCUUGCUUCGUUAGUCCAGGGGAGACCAAGAUCUCACACUCCCGGCCCUAGGGAGGGCUUUUAGGGAGCUAAGGACCAGAGAACUACAGCACUAUCCAGAAAGAAAUCUGCCAGGGCUGCAGUACAGGCUUAGCUAGGGCUCUUGUGGGUUCCUUGGAUCAGGAAGGGUACUUCAGUGGUUAAGGUUCUGUUGGGCAUACUAUUCAUUUAUAUAUGGUACAGAUGGGAGGGGGAAGAGGUUGCCAUCUCUGAUACAAGUAGCUGCUGGAGGGAGGACCUCUCCAACUUGUGGCCCUGAAGCACCUACAUUUAGCCGUUUCAAGCAGUAGUGACAGACCAAGCCAGCCCCUUACCCAGCCAAUACCUAACCCCAGGGAUUUGCUAGCAGAGCAAGCCCAGUUCUGCCUGUCCUUGAAGUACGGCCAGGAGUCAGCCAGUUUCAAGGGUUGCCUAGCAGAGGCCAAAUGGUUUGUGGUUAUUUUUUUAACCACAGAGGAGUUAAUUUUAUAAAGAGAAAUGUAAAUGUUACAAAAUGACACAGUAUUUAAUAAAGUGUUACUUUCCAAGUGA